UUUUAACAGGAUUCUCCGGCAGCUGGAUGGAAAUGGACAGAAGAGGGCAAAAAGAGAAGCAAGGAGGCCCAGGAAGAGGCUGAUUCAGGACCCCUGAGAUGAUGGAGCACUGAUGGAGCUGGAGCGGGAUGGGGCCGGAGGAGGUGAGGGAUGAGAGUCUGCAAGUGGAGCCCACAGGAUCUGCUGAUCGAUGGGACGAGGAGCGGGAGAAAAAUUAAAGCAGGCGAAUGCAAACUUCACCAACAGCUCAACGAAAAGACAGACGGUGACCGCUGAGAGGCAGCGUUGGACCUGGGUAAGGGCGGGUUCCUGAGCCUGCCAGGCCUGGAUUCAAACCUCGGCUGAGUGGCCUUGGACAGGUCAUCAACAAACAGAGCCUUCGUUUAUUCAUUUGCAAACGAAGCCGAGGACCGGGCCUGCCCCGCGGUAUGCCUGAGGCUUGGGUGAGCAGGCGCCGGGCUCGCAGGGGGCGCUCCUAACCCGUCCCCGGCAGCUCGACGCUGUGGAUCUAGCCGCCUUCCAGCCCAGGCUCCAGCUCCUGCUCAGGUUCCUGCUACUGCCCCCGGGCCCCCGGCCCCGGGCCCCGCGCCCCGCCCACCCCGCCUCUCGGCCCCGCCUCCUCCCGCUGCUCCGCCGCGCAGCCCGCACGGUGAGCCCGGCUGGGGUCCGGGGGUCCGCGGUCAGCCCCGGAGGACGGGGUGGGGUCGCCCCAAACAGGAGCGCCAGGAGCGCUGGGACCCCUCGCUCGCCGUCCGCCGCCGCCGGGUGGCCGGGCAGUGGAGGUCCCGGAUGAGGGGACAAUUUUUCCGGCCCCCCUCCCAGUCCCGCCCUACUUCCGGGGCCGCCACUUUCACUUUCUCUUCCGCCGAAGCCGCUAGUCUUGCGAAGAACUGGGGCCUCCCGGGAGUAGAGAGGGCUUUGCGUUGAAACUCAGGACGCCAAGAGUGCUCCCGCAAGUGGGGGUCCUCCGGGACUUGGAACGCCCCGGCUGGGCGGUGUCCGGGCGUCCUUUCCCCGCUUCUCCCCACGUCGGCUGGUCCCGUUUCCUCUUGCGCCCAGUGCGGACUUGUCUCGGCGCCCGCUGCCCUCUCACCGCCCCACUCGGGAUCCGGGCCUGGUCACCAGGCAGUGUGAUGCUUCCCGAUUGCCGCGGGGACAGCGAGGCACAGACAGAACUUGGGCCGCGCCGGAGGCCACACGGCCUGGCUGAGUUGCUCCUGGUCUCCCGCCCCUCCCAGGCGACCCGGAGGUAGCAUUUCCCAAGAGGCACGGUCCCCCGCAGGGGGAUGGGCGCAGCCACGCCAGAUGGACGAGAAGACCAAGAAAGCUCCUGAAAAUAAAACCCUGUGCUAACUGGCUCCUGCUGUACUGGCUUUCAGCAGAGGAAAUGGCCCUGAGCCUCACCCGAGCAGUGGCGGGCGGGGAUGAACAGGUGGCAAUGAAGUGUGCCAUCUGGCUGGCAGAGCAACGGGUGCCCCUGAAUGUGCAACUGAAGCCUGAGGUCUCCCCAACGCAGGACAUCAGGCUGUGGGUGAGCGUGGAGGAUGCUCAGAUGCACACCGUCACCAUCUGGCUCACAGUGCGCCCUGAUAUGACAGUGGCAUCCCUCAAAGACAUGGUUUUUCUGGACUAUGGCUUCCCACCAGUCUUGCAGCAGUGGGUGAUUGGGCAGCGGCUGGCACGAGACCAGGAGACCCUGCACUCCCAUGGGGUACGGCAGAAUGGGGACAGUGCCUACCUCUAUCUGCUGUCAGCCCGCAACACCUCCCUCAACCCUCAGGAGCUGCAGCGGGAGCGGCAGCUGCGGAUGCUGGAAGAUCUGGGCUUCAAGGACCUCACACUGCAGCCACGGGGCCCUCUGGAACCAGGCCCCCCAAAGCCCAGGGUCCCCCAGGAACCCGGACGGGGGCAGCCAGAUGCAGUGCCCGAGCCCCCACCGGUGGGCUGGCAGUGCCCUGGGUGCACCUUCAUCAACAAGCCCACGCGGCCUGGCUGUGAGAUGUGCUGCCGGGCACGCCCAGAGGCCUACCAGGUCCCCGCCUCAUACCAGCCCGACGAGGAGGAGCGAGCGCGCCUGGCGGGCGAGGAGGAGGCGCUGCGUCAGUACCAGCAGCGGAAGCAGCAGCAGCAGGAGGGGAACUACCUGCAGCACGUCCAGCUGGACCAGAGGAGCCUGGUGCUGAACACCGAGCCCGCCGAGUGCCCCGUGUGCUACUCGGUGCUGGCGCCCGGCGAGGCCGUGGUGCUGCGUGAGUGUCUGCACACCUUCUGCAGGGAGUGCCUGCAGGGCACCAUCCGCAACAGCCAGGAGGCGGAGGUCUCCUGCCCCUUCAUUGACAACACCUACUCGUGCUCGGGCAAGCUGCUGGAGAGGGAGAUCAAGGCGCUCCUGACCCCUGAGGAUUACCAGCGAUUUCUAGACCUGGGCAUCUCCAUUGCUGAAAACCGCAGUGCCUUCAGCUACCAUUGCAAGACCCCAGAUUGCAAGGGGUGGUGCUUCUUUGAGGAUGAUGUCAACGAGUUCACCUGCCCUGUGUGUUUCCAUGUCAACUGCCUGCUCUGCAAGGCCAUCCACGAGCAGAUGAACUGCAAGGAGUAUCAGGAGGACCUGGCCCUGCGGGCUCAGAAUGAUGUGGCUGCCCGGCAGACGACAGAGAUGCUGAAGGUGAUGCUGCAGCAGGGCGAGGCCAUGCGCUGCCCCCAGUGCCAGAUCGUGGUACAGAAGAAGGACGGCUGCGACUGGAUCCGCUGCACCGUCUGCCACACCGAGAUCUGCUGGGUCACCAAGGGCCCACGCUGGGGCCCCGGGGGCCCAGGAGACACCAGCGGGGGCUGCCGCUGCAGGAUGAAUGGGAUUCCUUGCCACCCAAGCUGUCAGAACUGCCACUGAGCAAGUGGUGGGACCCCAUGCUGACACAGCCCCACAUCCACAUUCUGUUAUGGGGCAGGGCUGGGCUUGGGGCUUUGGCUCUAACUUCUGGCUGGGAGAUGCUUUUGUGCGGAGACCAAGUCCCUGAGCUUCGUGGACGACCUUGCUUGCUGUAGCGUUGUAGGGGCCCUGCCUGCACUGCUGUUGUCCGUGGUCACAUCUGCCCCAGUGCGUUUGUCCUUCCCUUGGGGCUUGCCAGCCAGACUUCUCUCCCCUGCUGCUCCCACCUCUGCCUGACCCCAGCCUUAAACACAGCCCCUGGCCAGAGGCCUUGCUAGGUGGAGCCUCUGUGUGACUCCAUACUCCGCCCACCCCAACACUCAUCUUUCGAAUACCAAGCACUCUCAGCCUCCCUGCCUUCCCCUGUCAGCUUUCUGGGGCUAACUGUUCUCUGCCUUUGUGGUUGGAGGCCUGGGGCCGCUUAGAACUCUUGCUAACCUGUUCAGAGCCAGGAAGGAGACUGGGCAGUUUUGAAAGCACAGCCCCUCAGGUCCGUUCUGCGUCUCCCUCUCUGCCGCGUGUGUAAGCUAUUGUAAUUAAAAUGGUUUUCCAGGAAA